GUCAACUGCAUCACGCGACAGAUCACCUCUCGCUUUCUACGGUAUUCCCGCGUUGUGAUAUUUCGGUUGGUAGAUUUGAACUUCAGGAACCUUUUGACCUGCGUAUUCUCAUACUGGCCAAAGUGGCCAUUAAAAAUCAUCAUCCAUGGUACCCUCGUUCUCGAACCAAUUAAACUGUGCGCCCAGAAAGGAUGACUAAAUCGCCGGCAGAUGUUGCAUCAGGUUGUGUCUUCGUGGACUCGCGACGAUUUUGCGCGCCAACAAACCUCAACAAUAAUCAAUCUAGCGCCGCCGUUGCGUUAUUGGGCCGGCAAAUGCUAGGCUUGAGGAAAGUGGUAAAUGAAGCUGAAAGGGCACUCUUCACAUAACAUGUAGCUAUGUGCAUCACAACAGCGCGGUCGUAGAACCAAAACAUUUAAGUGUCCACGUUGCUAGAGCUCUCCAUUUGGUUUGCGUGUCACCUCGCUUUGGAGGAAGGCUCUCCAGAGUUCGACCGAGCAAUUGCUCCCAGAUAGGUGUAGUGCCCAACCGGGUGCCACUCAGAUUGGAUGUCUACGCAGCUAGUGUGUGACUGAUUGGGCAGUUUUUGUUUCUGUUGCAGUCCUGAUAAGAUAGUGGAUAAGUGGUAUCGAUAACCCAAAGCUCUGACAGUGGGAAUCCUAAACAAUAAAUUUAGUGCUAAACAAACACGUGUAGCGGUGAGCGGUGCUGAAACGAAUGAAGAAAAAUGAUUGCAAGGACCGAAACUAGUGGAGGACUUAAGAAUAUUGGGUUGCUUCCAGUGAAAUACCAUCGACGAUUGAUGAGUUCCAUUGAACUUGUUCGGUAAUUGGAUUAGUGAAAAUCUGCUGUUUGGACGUGCCGCAGCACAGUGGACGAUAGGACUUCCGAGAGCUCGCGUUUGGUCGUUCUUUGUAUUUGCGGUCGACCAAUCUCCGGGGAGGAUCUACGAGGAAAACCAUCAGGUCUUCAGCAGAUAUCAACAGACAGUCAACGCGGAAGGACGGACAUUGCUGUGCCAGAGCUUCGGAGACAGUCGUCGGUCAUUUCUCUCGCCUUAUAGUCAGCAGAGUUCAUUAGAACUAUAUUGCCGAGAAAGUCAUUCCCACUGUGCGUGCGCCAAAGUGUCCUCAACUGAAGAUCAAAGCUAAGGACAAGAGGCUUUAUUAAGGUUGGUUGGCGGCUUAGUGAGAGUGCGGUGAUCGAUCGGUGAAUGAAUCCGAACGCAACAGCCCUUUCGCUGACGUUUAGUGAUAAGAAUAAAGAGGUUCAAUACCUUGUGUGACCUGUAUAUAACAACGAUCGGAGAGCGAUUGAGUAAUAUUUGCACAGUGAGUUAUCGCUUUCCAAUUGCGGUUCCGGCGGUCAUUGUUGUGAGUGAGUUAUCGAUCUUGUGGUUUGGUGGUCUCGGACAUUAGCUUCACAGUUGUGAUUUUUCGCGCCUCAAGAACAGAAUGAAAUGAUGACCAUAUAAAUGCUAAUCUGUUGCCGUUUAUGUCGAGAGUGAGAUUCGGUGGGUACUCCGAUAUCAGUGCAAGGUGUUUUUUUCCCACAAUAGAAAAUCAAUCACAGAAGUGGCAGCUAGACGGUAGAUACAGCAAAAAAAAACAGUUGUUACAAUUUAAACGAGAGUAAUGGCUGAGACGGUGAAGAUUGUGAAUGGGGAGACGAAGGCGGGCACGAUCGUGAAUGGUUCGGCGAUCAAUGGUCAUCUGCCAAAGGUGGUUAAAAAUGGGUCAGCGCCAGCAGUGGAAGAGGUUCACGACCCACCAGAUGGAGGUACCCGAGCCUGGCUGGUUAUGGUGGGAGCUUUCCUGUGCAACGGCGUUCUGUUUGGGAUAAUUAACACCUACAGCGUUAUCUACCUGAGUCUACAGAAGCAACUGCACGAUCUGGGCGAUACCGAGGCUUCCAGCAAAGCAGCCCUCGUUGGAUCGCUCACCAUUGGAACAACCUUCCUGCUAUCACCGGUAUCCGGUAUCCUGACGGACAAAAUUGGUCUCCGCAUGACGACCCUGAUCGGUGGGGUUCUAACCUGCGGUGGCAUGUUUCUGUCCUCGUUCUUCACUCACAAUGUUUCCGCCUUGUACUUCACCUACGGUAUCAUGUUCGGGUUGGGUGCUGCGCUGGCGUACACUCCAUCUCUGGCAAUCCUGGGGCACUAUUUUAAGAAAUAUCUCGGUCUGGUCAAUGGAGUCGUGACAGCAGGAUCCAGUGUGUUCACUGCCAUCAUGCCGGUCCUGUUGAACAAAUUGGUGCAGGAAACGGGUCUGGCGACUUCGUUCCGCGUUCUAUCUGUGAUAUCUAGCUUUGUAAUAUUCUGCGCACUGCUGUACAAACCUUUGCAGCCACCACCACCGCCACCACGUGUCAAACCGGGGCGAUCGCGUUUCAACACUUUCUUGCGAUCGUUCAUCAACUUCGACAACUGGAAGAAAAAGAAGUACAUCAUCUGGGCACUGUCGAUCCCAAUUGCCUUGUUUGGAUACUUUGUCCCAUAUGUCCACAUGGGAAAGUUUGUGUUGGAUUCGUUCCCUGGAGAGGGUGAAAACCUUCCGGUCAUGUGCAUAGGAAUCACAUCUGGACUUGGUCGUCUGCUUUUCGGAUUCAUUGCGGAUCUUCCUCGUGUUAAUCGAGUACUGCUGCAACAGAUUGCAUUCGUUCUGAUCGGUACGAUGACGAUGUGUCUUCCAGCGACGGGUUCCUUUACUCUGUUGCUAGUGAUAGCCUUGGCUAUGGGACUCUUCGACGGAUGUUUCAUCUCUCUUCUGGGACCAAUCGCAUACGACAUCUGUGGGCCACGAGGUGCGACGCAAGCCAUCGGGUUCUUGCUGGGCUUAUGUUCGGUGCCGCUGACCAUUGGACCGCCGGUAGCUGGAAUGCUCUACGAUCACACUGGAUCGUACAAACUGCCGUUGAUUCUUGCCGGCAUUCCACCACUGUUCGGUGCUUCCACAAUGUUCCUCAUCCGGUGUGUGAAAGACGAUACAGUGAGUUCGGACGCAGUGCUGAAGGACUCAACGCAUCAGCCGUUAGCGCAAACUGCUUGGGAUUGUGAAAACCCUACCGCUGGCAAGAUCAACGGGCACGUCCGGGAGGAUCGCCGGGCAACGCUCGCUAGCUCAGAAUCACUUACCGCAGGAAUAAAUUGAAUGUAUAGAAGGCUCUUUUCUUGAAUGGAUCACACGCAAACAGAAUUGAUAGUAUCGAUACAGGAACCGCAAAACAAUGACGUAUGUAUCAGCGUGGAUUUAGUGUAUACCUAGUUUGAAUUGUGUUGAAAACUGAAAAUGUGUAGCGUUGAGUUGAAAUCGUAGAGUAGCAUAAUCAAUCGAGAGGUAGCCAAAAUAAAGUCUAAUUUGUUAUAGACUAUAAAUAACCCCUUCGCUGCAGAAGCCUUUUCUUAUGCAUGAGUGCCCAUGGGGCAGCCAUCAAGAGAACUACAAUAAUAUCAUAUAUAAUAAUACUGGAUUAGUUAGCGUUGACUCAGUAAUUGCAUUUCAAUUUUUGCCAUUUGAAACGUGUGUGUAUACAGCGAAUGAUUUUAGAGGGUUGUACAAUAUUUAUGUUUUAAUAAAUAGACCACUGUCGAUUGAAUCUUGUAUAUAUUAUGUUGAGAAAAGUAAGCUAGAAUUGGAAAUUAUAACACAUAUUUCAAAU